UGGGUUUCCGGCGCACGCUGAUCUGCCGCCGCCGCCGGGCCGGAGUUCGCGGAGCCGCUGCAGUCUGUCUCGCCUGUGCGCCUGGUUCAGCUGCUGCCAUGGGGAUCCUGGAGAAGAUCUCCGAGAUCGAGAAGGAGAUCGCCCGCACGCAGAAGAACAAGGCCACCGAGUAUCACCUGGGCCUGCUGAAAGCAAAACUCGCCAAGUAUCGGGCCCAGCUCCUGGAACCCUCCAAAUCGUCCUCGUCCAAAGGCGAGGGCUUCGACGUCAUGAAGUCGGGCGACGCCCGCGUGGCGCUGAUCGGCUUCCCGUCUGUGGGUAAGUCCACCUUCCUGAGCCUGAUGACCUCCACGGCCAGUGAGGCUGCGUCCUACGAGUUCACAACCCUGACCUGCAUCCCUGGGGUCAUUGAAUACAAAGGCGCCAACAUCCAGCUCCUGGACCUUCCCGGGAUCAUCGAAGGCGCAGCACAAGGGAAGGGCCGUGGCCGGCAGGUGAUCGCCGUGGCACGCACAGCCGACGUCGUCAUCAUGAUGCUGGACGCCACCAAGGGAGAGGUGCAGAGGUCCCUGCUGGAGAAGGAGCUGGGGUCGGUCGGCAUCCGCCUCAACAAGCACAAGCCCAACAUCUACUUCAAGCCCAAGAAAGGAGGCGGCAUCUCCUUCAACUCGACGGUCACGCUGACCCAGUGCUCAGAGAAGCUGGUGCAGCUGAUCCUGCACGAGUAUAAGAUCUUCAACGCGGAGGUGCUCUUCCGAGAAGACUGCUCCGCGGACGAGUUCAUAGACGUGAUCGUGGGCAACCGCGUGUACAUGCCCUGCUUGUAUGUUUAUAACAAAAUCGACCAGAUCUCAAUGGAGGAAGUGGACCGCCUGGCCCGGAAACCUGACAGCGUGGUCAUUAGCUGCGGCAUGAAGCUGAACCUGGACUACCUGCUGGAGAUGCUCUGGGAGUACCUGGCCCUGACCUGCAUCUACACCAAGAAGAGAGGCCAGAGGCCGGACUUCACGGACGCCAUCAUCCUCCGGAAAGGGGCCUCUGUGGAGCACGUGUGCCACCGCAUCCACCGGUCACUCGCCAGCCAGUUCAAGUACGCGCUGGUGUGGGGCACCAGCACCAAGUACAGCCCGCAGCGGGUGGGCCUGACCCACACCAUGGAGCACGAGGACGUCAUCCAGAUCGUGAAGAAGUAGUGGCCCUGCUCCCGCCCCCAGUGGGACUCGCCAGAGCCUAAACUGGCAAAAUACAAAUGCACCCCAGGAAGGGGUCUCUCACGUCUCUGCUGUUUGCAGAAAUUUCUUCAAUGGGCAGAUGGUGGAGAGCAUGCUGGGGCCUUAGGACGCGGCUGGGCAUGGGCUGGGCUGGCGGCGUUUCCCGUGAGACUGGACUCUGGAAGGGGUCCUAUUUGGGUCCCUGGGCCUGCGCCUUCUCACCCCGCCCCCGCCGCCCCCCGGCCCCUUCCAGCGCGGAAUGAGCAAGUGGCCCACCCGCCCCCAGCUAGGGCCUCGGGCAGAUGGCUGGCUUGAUGCCGGGCAGGGAGCUGCGCCUACUUGGGUCCCUGGCGGCCCCUCAGCUCCGGCCAGUUUUUCUGGUUCUCAGGGAGGGGGCUGCCCAGGACAGAACCCCCUAUCCACUCCCCGCCCCAGGGCUGCCCCGUGAUGGAAACCAGAGAUCUGGGGCUCUAAAGGCCCAGCUCACACCCUCCACAGCCUGACCAGUCCAGAGGGCCACCCCCUGCCCAGCACAGAGCCCAGGACCCAGCCCGGGGCAGACACCCCCCCGGGGUGGGGGACUUGGAGUCGGCUCUGCGAUUCCUCUAAAUACCACCCCGCCCUGCCCCCCAAACCUCUCGGCUCUCCUUCCUGAAAUAAAAAGUGGAACGAUGCCUGUUCG